AUGUCCGACUCCGACUCCUUCACGAACUCCACCUACUACUUCAGUUCCACAACAAACGGCAGCGACGGCAGGGUUACAACCGGUCACAGGUAUUCAACAACCUCUAGAACCGAGCCGGACGGCACAACAAUCGUGCGCACCGCCCAACAAGAACUGGGUCAACCAGCAGUCGUUGAAGAGCGACGCUACGACAACACUGGCCAGGAAACGCUGGCACUACCGGGGCCCGCGGGUGGGACUUCUGCAGGCGGAGUGCGGCGGAUCGAAGAGUUAGAAGACAAUGUCUCAAAUCCCCCAUCUGAAGUCUUGGCUGGUAUGGGUGGUUCGGCGGCUCAACUCAUGGAUGGGACCGGCGAGGACAAUACGUUUAAUUCGGCUACUUCACCGCUGGGGAGUAGGGUCUAUGACUCCGUGACGGGGACUUAUGAGGAGCAACCGGAGUAUGAUGUUGGGGGUGUGACGAGGAGGCAUCAGGAGAGGGGUUCUGGGGGGAGGAGGACUACUUCGUCGACGAGGGAGAAUCGGCAGUAUGAGGAUCCUUAUACGGGGACGAGGCUGAGGAGAGAGAGUGAUGUGAAUGUUUCGGAUGUGGUGCUUUAG